UGCUGUCCUGACGCCGUGGGGGUCACAGAAACAUCCAGAGGAGAGAUGAGCCCAGCGUUAGUUCUGCAUUGACUUGGGGUCCCUGGAACUUGGAAGCCCCUGGCAGCCCGCCAUGUGGAGCUGCCCGCUCAACGGCACGGGCGGCGACGACCCGCUGCCCUGCCUGCACGUCCAGCGGGCGCUGUCCGCGCUGUCGCUGCUCUACCUGCUGGGCGGCGUCCCCCUCGGCCUGGGCUACAACGCGCUGCUGCUGCUGGCCAACCUGCACGACCCGGGCGGCAUGACCAUGCCCGACGUCUACUUCGCCAACAUGGCGGCGGCGGGGCUGCUGCUCUGCGCCCUAGCACCCGCGCAUCUGCUGGGCCCUGGCGCGGCCGGUGGGGCCACCUGGGACCUGGGCAGCGAGGUGCACGUCUCGCUGCUGGUGCUGUUCAAUGUGGCGGCGCUGGUGACACUCUACUCCACUGCCCUGUUGGGCCUGGACUGCUAUAUCGAGCGCGCGCUGCCACGCACCUAUAUGUCCAGUGUCUACAACACCCGGCACGUGUGCGGCUUCGUCUGGGGCGGCGCCCUGCUCGCCGGCUUCUCCUCCCUGCUCUUCUACAUCUGCAGCCACGUGGCUGCGAGGCUGGUGGAGUGCUCGCGGAUGCAGGACGCGGCGGCGGCCGACGCCAUCAUGCUGCUCGUCGGCUACCUGGUGCCCGGCCUGGCCGUGCUCUACGCGCUCGUGCUCCUGGCGCGGGUCCGCAAGGAGGACACACUGCUCGACCGGGACGCGGGCCACCCGGACCCCUCGGCGCACAGGCUGCUGGUGGCCACCGUGUGCGCGCAGUUCGGGCUCUGGACGCCCCACUACCUGACGCUCCUGGGGCGCACGGUCUUGGCAGCGCGGGGGAAGCCACUGGACGGGCACCACGUGGGGACGCUGCUCCUCGCCAAGGACCUGUCCCGGUUCCUGGCCUUCGCCAGCAGCGCCGUGGUGCCGCUUUUGUACCGCCACCUAGACAGAAACUUCCCCGGCAAGCUCCGGAGACUGAUGAAGAAGCUGCGCCGUGGGCACCAGAGCUGUUCCCCGGACCAAGCGGGGGCGCAGCCGGUGACGGCAUAGACGCUGCUCCAGGGGCACCGCCGGGGGCGGGGCGGGCCGCACUGGCCAGAAGCACAGCCCGCGGUGAUCGGUCCCCUGUGCCCGAGGUUCGCUCCCUCCUCCCAGGUCAGGCGACCAGGAAAUGACGCUGACUCCAGCCCCUGCUCCCUCGCCCCCUGGAGACGAGGCAGAACCAGGCACAGCCCCGUGGAGUUCCCCAAGCGCCCGGUGUGAGGAUGAGCCGUGUCCUCGGUGCCCGGCCACCCUUGGGUGUGCUCGUCUCCUGCUCGCACCUUUCAGGUCCGUGCCUGCAACAGCCUGCUUCCCCUCAGGCGCAAACAAAGUAAUGAAAACCUAACACCAGUA